CGGGCACCAGAGCCUGAGUCGAAGCACGCAAGAUGAGAUAUGUAGAUCCCACCGUAUGUUUUUAAGAGGUGCAAGUGAUUCUUUUGAGCCCGCGGCCGACUCGAGGUGAGUCAGUAUUUAUCCUGCCGCCGCCCACCGCCCACUCGCUCUCCACUGCACAAAUCAGAACCCCACUGGCCGAACCGUAUCAUAUCGCCUCCUCCGUCCUCAAGCAGCAAUUUUCAUCUAACAACACGACCCUCGACCCUCACCCCCUCCACCCUCCAUACCCCCCUUUUCUCGAACCGCUGUUGUCUCUCGAUUCGCUAGCAAUCAUGGCUACCAACGGCGACUUCUCUGACGACGAGUCCCAGCCUGGCUCUCCCAUUCUCGAAGCGAACGGUCACGAUGACAUCGAAGAGCAAGAACCCCUCGACCAGCCCUUAAAGUCUGCGAUGAAGAAGGAGGUCCCUCCUCCCCAGCCCAAGCGGCCAGAGCUGCCCGAGCAGCCCGACCCGGAGACGCUGGACCUGUCCACGCUGACUCCUUUGACCCCCGAAAUUAUCGCGCGCCAGGCCACGAUCAACAUUGGCACCAUCGGUCAUGUCGCUCACGGAAAGUCGACGGUCGUUAAAGCUAUCUCCGAGGUCCAGACAGUCCGAUUCAAGAACGAGUUGGAGCGGAACAUCACGAUCAAGCUGGGUUACGCCAACGCCAAGAUUUACAAGUGCGACAACCCCGAGUGCCCCCGGCCGACAUGCUUUAAGAGCUUCAAGAGUGAGAAGGAAGUCGACCCGCCUUGUGAGAGGGAUGGCUGUGCCGGUCGGUACAGGCUGUUGAGACAUGUUUCUUUCGUCGACUGCCCCGGUCACGAUAUUCUCAUGAGUACCAUGUUGUCAGGUGCCGCCGUCAUGGACGCUGCCCUCCUCCUUAUUGCCGGUAACGAGAACUGCCCUCAGCCUCAGACCUCGGAGCACUUGGCAGCCAUCGAAAUCAUGAAGCUUAGCCACAUCAUCAUUCUGCAAAAUAAGGUGGACUUGAUGAGAGAGGAUGGUGCCCUUCAACAUUACCAGUCGAUCUUGAAAUUUAUCCGCGGUACGGUCGCUGAUGGCUCGCCCAUUAUUCCGAUCUCCGCCCAGCUCAAGUACAACAUCGACGCUGUCAACGAAUACUUGGUUUCUCACAUUCCGGUUCCCGUCCGUGAUUUCACCGCUUCUCCUCACAUGAUGGUCAUUCGUUCCUUUGAUGUGAACAAGCCUGGUGCCGAGAUUGAGGAGCUGAAGGGUGGUGUUGCUGGUGGUUCCAUCCUGACUGGUGUGCUGAAGUUGGACGACGAAAUUGAGAUCCGCCCCGGUCUCGUCACCAAGGACGAGAACGGCAAGAUUCAGUGCCGUCCCAUCUUCUCCCGGGUCAUGUCGCUCUUUGCCGAGCACAACGACCUGAGGUUUGCCGUCCCCGGUGGUCUGAUCGGUGUUGGUACUCGUGUGGACCCUACCCUCUGCCGUGCUGAUCGUCUCGUUGGUUUCGUCUUGGGUCACCGUGGACGCCUCCCCGCCAUCUACACCGAACUUGAAGUCAACUACUUCUUGCUUCGUCGUCUGCUCGGUGUCAAGACUGCUGAUGGCAAGCAGGCUAAGGUUGCCAAGCUGACUAAGAACGAAGUUCUCAUGGUUAACAUCGGCUCCACGGCCACUGGUGCUAAGGUUGUGGGUGUGAAGGCUGAUGCCGCGAAGCUCAGCUUGACCAGCCCUGCUUGUACCGAAAUCGGAGAGAAGAUCGCCAUCAGUCGGAGAAUUGAGAAGCACUGGCGUCUGAUCGGUUGGGCCAAUAUUGUCGCCGGUAACACCCUUGAGCCUAUCCUGAACUAAACAGGCUCGUUUUUGCGUGGACUGCCGGGCUUGUACCCGCCAUAUUACGGUUGAUAGAGACGUCAAGGGGUCUCU